UAAACUCACUUGCACUCACUUACGGCAUGUGUCUAACCCGGAAGUGUCAGAGUCACAGUUCGGCAGUUUAACAGAAAUCUCCUCGCACCAAAGGACUCCGAUGUGAAACAAAUACAAGGCAAAUGUGAAGGAGAUGUGUAAUGUCCUGUGCCCUCCGGACUAUGCUGCUCAGAGCCGCUCCUACCGCCGCCAAAGCCCGGUGCGAGGCCCCACGGAGUCCCUGUAAAUAGUCUCUUAUCUCAUUGCUAACAACAGAGCUAAGCUAGCGCCCCAGAACAGGCUCGGCCCGUUUGGGACCAUAAUUUGGGACAGCUCCGGGACAGCACGGCGCAGUCCGAUGCCGCAUUGGGCCCCGUGAGCAGCGAGCAUGUGGCUGCAGCAGAGACUGAAGGGACUGCCUGGCCUGCUGUCCAGUAGCUGGGCGCGGAGGCUUCUCGUUGGAUUGCUCCUCUUCCUCAUCUUCUACUGGUACCUGGGGGGCGAGCGCGGCUGGCCCAGACUACUGAGCGGCGGAGCAGUGCCAGGCGGAGCUCCGGGACAGUGUUUGCUCUCAGAGAUUCACAGGUGGAAAUCUGUGGUGGAGCGGGGUGAGGGGGUCUACACGUCUCCCCAGGAACCGCUAGACACACCGUUUGUAUCAGGAAAUGGCCACCUCCUCAUGGACUUAGACUCCAACAGGCUGUGGGUGUCUGCGUCAUCUGCAGCUGGCUCUGCUCCGGUGCACCAGACCCAGUACUCCCCUAGAGUGCGGGUGAGGCUGGAGGGGCAGAGGGCAGAGGCCAGGGCCAGUCUGCUGUGGUUCCGGAAGGGGGCCGUGCUGUCGGUGCGCUGCGUGUCCUCGGGCCCCGGGGACUGUGUCACUGUCAGGGAGGAGUUCAUGGCACACCGCAGCCUGCCCAACUUGCUAAUGCAGAGAAUCCACAUCAACAACCCCACAGAGCGCCCUGCCUCUGUGGAGCUGUCCUACCAGACCCCCACAGGGCAGUUCUCCAGCAGUGUUGAGAAGCUGGAGGACACAGAUGUGCUCCUGUCCUUGGGCCGUGUCCAGUUAGAGAAGAACCGCUUGGUGCUGGUGGUAGUAGUCUCCAGGAAGCUCAGUACCCGGAUCCAAGUAUCCGCCAAGUCUGAACACCGAGACAACAUCCUGUCUGUGGUGAGGACUUCUGAGCCAAUCGAGACCUCUAAGCUGGAGGAGACGUUCAGCGCACUCAGAGAGGGAGCCAAGAAGGAGCUGCUGGAGCUAAUGCGCCUCAGUGUGGACGAGCUGGUCCUGCACCACCAGCAGGCCUGGAUGGACCUGUUUAUCUCAGGUGUGGAGAUGAGGCGGAUCACAGACUCCCACACUCCCUCCAGUCGCACAGUAAACUCCACCCUGUACUACACCCUGAGUGCCAGCUCCGCCCCUCUGCUGGACCACCGUCUGGGCACAGAGGAGCGCUCGCGGCUGGAGUCUAGCCUCAACUAUGCAGACCACUGCUUUAGCGGGCACGCUACCAUGCACGCCGAGAAUCUGUGGCCCGAGCAUCUGAGCAGUGCAGCGCACAUCCUGCAGCUGGUUACGCUAUGGACCCUCACCUUGCAGAAGAGGGGCUGUAAGGUGCUAGUGGCAGCGGGGGCGCACGGGGUCAUGCAGGGCAUGGUGCUGAGCUUCGGAGGCCUGCAGUUCACAGAGAACCACCUGCAGUUUCAGGCCGACCCGGAUGUGCUCCACAACAGUUACGCCUUGCGGGGCAUCCACUACAACCAGGACCUGCUGAGCUUGGCUGUGCUGCUGGAUGUAGAGGGGAAGCCCUUCCUGCACGUGUCUGUGAAGCCCCAGGAGAAGCCAGUGAAGCUGUAUGCCUGUGAAGCAGGCUGCAUGAAUGAGCCCGUGGAGCUCACCUCAGAGCUGAAGGGACACACAUUCCCUGUGAUGGUAACCCAACCCAUCACCCCCCUGCUUUACAUCUCUACUGACCUGCGCCACCUACAGGACCUGCGCCACACACUGCACCUCAAGGCCAUUCUGGCUCACGAGGAGCACAUGGCAAACCGGUAUCCUGGUCUGCCCUUCCUGUUCUGGUUCAGUGUUGCCUCCCUCAUCACGCUCUUCCAUCUGUUCCUCUUCAAACUCAUAUACAAUGAGUACUGUGGCCCUGGGGCCAAACCGCUCUUCAGGAGUAAGGGGUCCAGCAGGAGCGAGGAGGGCUUCAAGGAGGUCAGGAUGUCUGUGUGAACAUGGCCCGUGGUCAGUGUCCUGACAGCCUGCACUGAUGUGGCACUGCUCCGUUCUCAGGCAGUGUGUUUGAAGAAAAGUCUAAUGAGAAUAUUAUGUAUGGAAGUCUCCCAUCAAUGACAGUUUGAAACUGUGAAAUCAUUUGUGAAAUAAAAGCCUAAUUCACUUUCAUUCUU